AUGGAUUUUUUGCGUAAAGUUGCUAGACCUAAUCCUCCUAAAGAGUCUGUUGCGUCGCGUAUAUCUCAACCAACGACAGAAGGCAGUACUCAGUUGUCUGAAAAUUCGCAACCAAGCACUUCUAAAAGACAAAAGACCAUGCCACCACAGCAACAUAUAAUGGACUUAGAUGUCAAAAUGAGCGAGUUUUUUAGACAGCAGGCUAUCACAACAAACUGA